UUUGCAGUUCAUAUCCCUCUAUACUCACAGAAAAUUUAUUUCAGCUUUUUAACAUUUCAGCAGCUUCUAACUUACUCAACAUAUUCCCGGAACCAAUAACUAACAACAUCCAACGAAGAUAUUAAAAAAAUAACGCCAACAAGAGACCAGGCGAAAAGAACAGAUUGUAUUUCACAAUAAACAAGCAGUACUGAGAAAAAUCAAUCCAUAAAAAUGGGAUGAGAUGUAUAGGAAACGUUUUGGUGAGAUAUUUGUUUAUGUCAUUCACUUGUAAUAUCAUGAACUUUUUGUCCUUGUUGGUGAGGAUCAUUCAACUUCUUUGCCUCCCACAUGUCUUUCAGCGCGAAGGCUAGUGAUUGUAUUGUGUUGGACGACGACUACAGAGGUUUUCCUGUUGCCUAUUUUUGUACUUCCCCUCGGUAUGAUGGGUGCUUAGACUACGUUCUAAUACCUAAUGGUAUGAUAAAAGACAGGUAAAUUAUGCCUUCGAUUUGAGUGCUUUGAAGGUUGGAGAAGAUGUCAAUGGACAUUGUUGAAGCAUAUGAGGCUUCCAAAGCUAAAUCCAUUACAUUAAUGUGUGUUCUGAAAGGUGGAUUCAAGUUUCUAGGUGAUCUUGUUGAGGUGUUGGAACGUACUAUCCGCGCAAGAGGAACCCUUCUACCUAUGUCAGUUGAAUUUGUUCGUGUUAAAAGUUAUGUCAAUGACGUUAGUACACAUGAACCUAUAUUAACAGGAAUGGAAGACCCUUCGGAAUAUAAGAAUAAAGACAUUCUUAUUGUCGAAGAUAUUAUUGACACAGGGAGGACUAUUAAGAAGCUCUUGAACUACAUGGGGACUUUGUCAACGAGAAGUGUCAAGGUCGCCAGUCUACUCGUUAAACGUACACAAGAUGGUGUUAAUUAUCGACCGGAAUUUGCAGGAUUCGAAGUCCCUGACAGAUUCGUUGUGGGUUAUGCGCUAGACUACAAUGAACAUUUCCGCGACUUACAUCAUAUUUGUGUAAUCAAUGAAACAGGGCAACAAAAAUUCUCUGUACCUUUUGAGUCUAAACCUCUUUAAAACCAAAAAAGAAAGGAUAGAUGGAGUUAAUUUUAUUUUUAUGUGUCAGACAAAGAAUAACGAGAUUCACUUUAAAGAAGAUAGACGUGUUGUUUUUUUCUCUUUUCUUUUUUGCCUGUACCUUUAUUCACAAAUUUUUCUUUUGUUUUAUGCUGGGAUCUAUUUUCAUCAUUCAAAAGACGCAUAUGUACACUCAUAUGUAUCUAUAAAGUACUAGUAAGGCAGGCUUUAGGUAAAACGUCAAACAUUUUGUUUGUAUUAAAGUAAUACAUAUACAUAUAAUAUAUACAAUUUACUUCAAGUCUGUGUUUAUCAAUAAAUGAUAAUAACAAUACAAGUUUCAUUACAAACCUUUUUUUAUUUCCCCUCAGAUUGUAUUUUAUUCAAAUAUACUGUAUUAUUAUUAUUUUUCAUUAUGUACGCAUGUUAUCUUUGAUACACGUGAACACUUUCCUUUCAUUAUCAUUAUAAUUUUAAUCAUUAUGAUUACAUUUCACACACACACACACACAUCUCUCUCCCUCUCUAGCCCUGUCUCUCUCUCUUACAUCUUGUCGCCUUAUUUCAUUUGUAUUUCUCGACAGUAGAGCUGUCGCUCAACGCUAUCGUUAUCAAUGAUAGUUUUAUGUGAAUAAUUUUGUAUUAUGUAGUUGAGUUAGCCAUAUAUAUAUAUAUAUAUAUAUAU